GCGGGUGGGUUCGGUUCCUCAUCGAACUUAAACUUCAUGGUCAAAAGGUUUGCUCAAGGGAACACAGCCAACAGUGGUAAUAUGCUGAGGGUGAGAUGGCUGAUUCGAACGCUCGCAUUGGUAUUCUUUGUCAGUUGCCUUCUCAUCACCUUCCAGACACUGCUGUCAAAACAAGUCCUAUACAUCGAGGAUAAUGUCAUUUUUGUUGAAAACUCUAUACCGCUGCCGUAUCCCCCGAUUACGAAGCAUAUGGACAUACCAAAGAUCAUUCACCAGACAUGGAUAUCGGAGGAAAUUCCUAAAGAUUAUGCAAAAUGGAUUAAGUCGUGGCAAGAGAAUCAUCCAGGAUGGCAAUACUGGUUUUGGACAGAUGCGGACUGUUUGCGUUUGAUUCGGGAGCGUUACCCGAAAUUUCUCGAACUCUAUGAAAGUUACGCGCAGAACAUCAACCGUGCUGAUGUCAUCCGGUAUUUCAUCCUGUAUGAAUUUGGUGGCGUUUAUGCUGAUUUGGAUAUGGAGAGCAGUAAACCCUUGGAUGGGUUAUUGAAAGAUGAUGCGUACAGUCAGUGUUUUUUGAGCCAGGAGCCUUUGGAGCAUGCGCAUUGGCUUUGGAAAGUGAACCAUAUUGCCUGCAACGCUGUCAUGGUGUGUCGAAGACGGCAUCCGUUCUUUGCAAAAGUCGUUGAGCAGUUAAAAUUCCAAAAGGGAACAUCGCUGUUUAUGUUCGUGAAGGCAAAUCGUGGCGUGAUGUAUGCAACGGGACCUUUGAUGAUCACUGAUUUGUACAACACAUACAACGACUCGUACGCAUCAGUAGACGCUUCAAAUCGUAUCCAUUUGGUGCCAUCACAUUACUUCUACCCAACUAUUGAUCCAAAUGUUAUGAGUACCGUAAAAAGUUGGUGUGAGCCUUCAAGUAGUGCGCAACUACCAAAAGUUGAGCAGGCUAUAUGUGAGCGACAUCGAAGGUCUAAAUUCUCCAAUGAGCCUGUUGUUGGAUAUUACGGUAACCAUCAUUGGGUGCAUACGUACUAUUUAGGAGGCGAGCAGGAGGUAUCAAACAUUAAGGAUAUCGUUAAAACUGCUGUUAUGGCAAAUGACAUCCUUUAAUAUUGUGUGUGUGUUUCAGGGUGAAGUGAAUUUUAACAAACAUAACUUGAAGUUGGGCUUGUUGUUAGGGCCCUUCCUGUUACAGCACUGCGGGUAAAAAGUUUCAACAAGAGGCGGAGGGGGGGACACAUCUCGGGUAGGCGGAGCUUUUUUUUGGUGCAAGCGUGAAAAUUGGUGAAUAAAACUUAAUGAGGGGUGAAAAAACCUGAACAUUUGAUGGGUAAACAUGCUUUUCCUGGCAAUUGGGAAUCAUAAUAAUAAUAAUAAUCAAGGUCUUUCUAGGUAAGCAAUACUUUGAGAAGCUCAUGCACCCCUCUCCUCCGCGUUCCCCCUGGUUGCUAAGUUAUCACCCAUGGUGCCACGCUAAGAUAAAACGCUAACUCAAAUAAUUACGCUUGCUUUCAUGUUACCUUACCCUCUCCCCCCAAAAUAUUGGAGAAUAUUUUGUCGCCAACUACCACUACCAGGUCGACAGUAGAGAAAAAGCGAAAGUAACUCAAGUCUUUCCAAACGAUAAGUUAUGUGGAAGAAUGUGUGCUUUAGAUUGAUGUAAUGUUGAAACAUUACAUCAAACCAUAACCGGUGGAUUGUCAAAUGCACAACCUGUUGAGAGUGGAAGAAUGUGUGCUUUAGAUUGAUGUAAUGUUAAAACAUUACAUCAAACCAUAACCGGUGGAUUGUCAAAUGCACAACCUGUUGAGAGUGGAAGAAUGUGUGCUUUAGAUUGAUGUAAUGUUGAAACAUUACAUCAUAACCGGUGGAUUGUCAAAUGCACAACCUGUUGAGAGUGGAAGAAUGUGUGCUUUAGAUUGAUGUAAUGUUAAAACAUUAAAUCAAGCCAUAACCGGUGGAUUGUCACAUGCACAACCUGUUGAGAGUGGAAGAAUGUGUGCUUUAUAUUGAUGUAAUGUUAAAACAUUACAUCAAGCCAUAACCGGUGGAUUGUCACAUGCACAACCUGUUGAGAGUGGAAGAAUGUGUGCUUUAGAUUGAUGUAAUGUUAAAACAUUACAUCAAACCAUAACCGGUGGAUUGUCACAUGCACAACCUGUUGAGAGUGGAAGAAUGUGUGCUUUAUAUUGAUGUAAUGUUAAAACAUUAAAUCAAGCCAUAACCGGUGGAUUGUCACAUGCACAACCUGUUGAGAGUGGAAGAAUGUGUGCUUUAUAUUGAUGUAAUGUUAAAACAUUAAAUCAAGCCAUAACCGGUGGAUUGUCACAUGCACAACCUGUUGAGAGUGGAAGAAUGUGUGCUUUAGAUUGAUGUAAUGUUAAAACAUUAAAUCAAGCCAUAACCGGUGGAUUGUCACAUGCACAACCUGUUGAGAGUGGAAGAAUGUGUGCUUUAGAUUGAUGUAAUGUUAAAACAUUACAUCAAGCCAUAACCGGUGGAUUGUCACAUGCACGACCUGUUGAGAGUGGAAGAAUGUGUGCUUUAUAUUGAUGUAAUGUUAAAACAUUACAUCAAGCCAUAACCGGUGGAUUGUCACAUGCACAACCUGUUGAGAGUGGAAGAAUGUGUGCUUUAGAUUGAUGUAAUGUUAAAACAUUACAUCAAGCCAUAACCGGUGGAUUGUCACAUGCACAACCUGUUGAGAGUGGAAGAAUGUGUGCUUUAGAUUGAUGUAAUGUUAAAACAUUACAUCAAGCCAUAACCGGUGGAUUGUCACAUGCACAACCUGUUGAGAGUGGAAGAAUGUGUGCUUUAUAUUGAUGUAAUGUUAAAACAUUACAUCAAACCAUAACCGGUGGAUUGUCACAUGCACGACCUGUUGAGAGGAAUUGUGAGCCAGUUUCUUGCCGCAAUCUCUGGUUUCAAACAGUUUAUGCUGUAACUUUAGAACGUUCGGAUGUAGUGUAGAGCACCUCUAUUAAGGACACCCUCAGGACUGACAAGCACUGUUGUUGGCAGAAAAAUGUCCUGAUUAGAGAGGUCAAAUUGGAUGGAAACAACCAAUUUGUGACCAAAACUAGUGUCCUUUAAGUCAGGGUUGGCUCUGUGAAUUUUUUCCUCCUAGCCACUUUUUAGCCAAGUGGCUGUCACUUUUAGCCAUAUUGAGUCAGCUCUAGCCAUUGCCGAUCGUUUGUCCAUCUUGGGGCCGACCCAGCCCCCAGUACAGUAACAUGUGUGAGAAUGGCAGCCCGCCAGUACUGAGACUAGCCAAUCAACGAACGAUUGGAGGAACCCGUGACCGGAGACUCGAGCGGGAAACUAGCCGAUAAUGUAUGCAUAAUGCGACCAGCAGCGCCACCAAAAUCACUGAAGCGGCAACGGGUAGAACUACAAUGCAGACGAUAGCAACCACGUGUGAUAGCGCGGCCGCCCGCAAAUGAUAAAGUUUGACUGACUAACGAUCGUUCCUUGGUGCAUUUGGUGUGGAAGUGGAUCUUUUUGGUAGACUUUGAUCAAUUUUCGCACAACACUAUUACUUACUCUCUCGCCAAAUCAUGGCAAUUCAAAUUGAAUUCGCAAAAUUUUUAGCAAGACAUUGUUUUACAUUCGCCACUCAUGUGCAGUAGUCGCAAGUGGCGAAAAUGCGAACGGGCGCGCCAACCCUGCCUUUCCCGUGAGGUUGUCCUUAAUAGAGAGGUGUCCGCUAAGAGAGGUUUCACAGUAUUCUGUUUUUUAUGACAAUGGUAACUGCCAAACACUUUUGUGUCUUUCAUGAUGUUCAUUGUCUUUGUAGUACCAGUGGUAAUAACAUAUUUUUACUCUAUUUUGAUUUUGUAACCGUCUCUUUGCAUAAAUAAAUAGUUGUCUUCUUA